CUUUCACAGAAGAAACAGUAAAGUGGACCCUACGCGCAGGGUUGACUGAGAUACCUGAGAGAUCUGAAUAGAAGAGAAAGACAGGUUACGUCAGCAAACUGAAAAAGCGACGUCUCUGUACAAGUUGAGCACGGGAAGAAUGCGAAAACUUAUAGAUGCCUGAACAAAUGUAGAGCAGGGAGGAGCUGGCGUAUUGCACCAUUGGGGAUCCUGUGGCCUAGUAUCAGUCCCCUUGUUCUACCACGCGUCCAAGAUGGUGGCCCGUGUGUUCAAAUCUUUGCAUCGGGUGCUGUCCCACAGCUUGCUUAUUGAAAGGGCAGUGGUCACUUCUAGAGCAAGUCAGACCAGACAUUUCACAUCAACAACCCUGCGCCCCCCUGUCAACCAUGACCACUCCGCUCUGAUGAAACACAUUAAACAAAGAAUAACGAUUUCUGGAGCUAUUUCAGUGGCAGCUUAUAUGCAAGAAGUUUUGACCAACCCUUUAGCUGGGUAUUAUAUGAAAAAAGAUGUGUUUGGACAAGCUGGUGAUUUCAUAACAUCACCAGAAAUCACUCAAGUAUUUGGAGAGUUAAUUGGUGUGUGGUUUGUGCACCAGUGGAUGCAGACUGGUGAGAGAGAUGUCCAGAUUGUUGAGCUUGGUCCAGGAAGGGGGACUUUGAUGGCAGAUAUUCUGAGGGUUGUUAAGAAAUUCAAGGCUUUACAGGAAUGCUUAUCAGUUCAUCUUGUGGAAGUGAGUCCUGCGCUGAGUGACAUUCAAAAGACAACACUGACUGGGAUAUCAGAGAUGACAAAUAAAGAGCCCUCUAAGGAGAAUAAGCCAUAUUAUAAACAAUGCUGCUCCAAAGAUGGGAUUCAAGUCUUUUGGUAUUCAUCUAUAAAAGACAUCCCAAAAGCGUAUUCGUUUUUCCUUGCACAUGAGUUCUUUGAUGCUCUUCCCAUUCAUCAGUUUCAGAGGACAGAUCAUGGUUGGAGAGAAGUCUUAGUAGAUGUCGACAAAGAACGGACCCAUUCACUGAGGUUCGUGUUGGCACCAGGGCCUACCUUGGCCUCACAAACAUACGUCCCAAAAGGGACCUCAUCCCGCCAGCUGGAGGUGUGCCCUCAGGGGGGCGUUAUCAUGGAGGAGAUAGGUGAACGGAUACGGCAUGAUGGCGGAAGUGCUUUAAUCAUUGACUAUGGGGAGGAUGGUAACAACAGGCACACAUUGCGUUCAUUUUUUAAGCACAAACUGCACGAUGUGCUUGAAGCUCCUGGAACUGCAGACAUCACUGCUAACGUUGACUUCCGAUUCUUGCGACAAGCAGCCGGAAGUGACGUCAAUACUUAUGGGCCUGUAACGCAAGUCUCAUUUCUGAAAAACAUGGGAAUUGACCAACGGAUGAGGAUCCUGCUAUCCAAGGCGUCACCAGACCAGGCCAAGCAACUCUACAGCGGCUACAAAAUGCUGACGGAAGAAAUGGGCGAGAAAUUCAAAGUAUUUGCAGUCACAGAUCGACAGAGCCCAGAGCCCGCGGCCGUCGCCCAGUGACGUAAUUGCGAGAGAUUUUACGAAUCACGACAGGCAACGAAGGGACCAGGAAGGUUAACAUUAGGAGAACUACAGCAUGGGAACAUGGAUCUAUGGGCGUCUUAUUAUCACAUCGAUCGACUUGAAGGCCAACGAAAUAAUAGUCAGGAAUGCAGACGGACACACCAAUCAGCCAAGAGGUACCAGUAAUUUGAGCCGUUUUUUGGGUGACGUGCCAGUUUUGUUUGAAGGGGAAAGCAACGGCAACGUAGCUCUAAAAGAGAAUUAUUAACAACAUCGACGGUGUGACCGAAGCAGAAAGCUUUUGGUUUUUAUUUAAAUAACAAUUUUACCUGUUCAUUAGCAUUACUUUUUCUCAAGGAUAGAUACGCUUGCACCUGUUCUAGUCUCAGUUUCCAGUUGAAGUCUUAAUCCAAAAAAAUACGCGAUUAAACGUGCGUUGCAUUGGGGCAGAAAUCUGAUCUUAUAGGGGUUUUUCCUUUUAAAACCAUAAAGGAAAACUGUAAUACUGAUACAAUUACAAAAAAGCCCUUCCCAAAAAUGCAAAUAUUAAACGUGAACGUGCUGUGCUCUUC